AUGGGACAGGGUGAGCCAAGCCAGCACACCACAGGGCUUACCGGACUGUCAGUAGCUCCUCCAUCAUUACGUGUUUUCAUUAAAAGUAGCAGGAUGACGGCCCUGGGAAUCAAGAGCUGUGACUUUCAGGCAGCAAGAAACAAUGAGGAACACCAUACCAAGGCCAUUAGCUCCCAGCGCCUCAUCGUGAGAAGAGGGCAGCCCUUCGCCAUCAGCAUGCAGUUCCGGGCUCCAGUCCACAAAUUUCUGAAGAAGGUGGUCCUCAUCGCACAAACUGGAGAGCAGCCUUCUAAGGCCAAGGGGACCCAAGCCACACUCCCGAUUUCCAGGCCGGGGGACCCGAAGGGGUGGAAUGCAGAGGUGGAGAAGAGAGAUGCCCAGUCCUGGAUCAUCUCUGUGACCACGCCCGCAGACGCUGUCAUUGGCCAAUACUGGCUCCUGCUGCAGGUCUCAGGCAGGAAGCAACACCUCCUGGGCCAGUUCACACUGCUCUUUAACCCCUGGGCUCGAGAGGAUGCUGUGUUCCUGGAGAAUGAAGCUGAACGCGAGGAGUACUUGUUGAACCAGAAUGGCCUCAUCUACCUGGGCACGGCUGACUGCAUCCAGGAAGAGUCCUGGGACUUUGGCCAGUUCGAGGGGGAUAUCUUCGACCUCAGCCUGGCCUUACUGAGCGAGGACAAGCAGGUGGAGCAGUGGGGCAACCCUGUGCGUGUGGCCUGCAUUUUGGGCGCCUUGCUGCAUGCUCAUAAGGAGAAGAGUGUCCUGCCCAUCCCGCAAACCAAAGACGCCCAGGAAGAGGCCUUGCUGAACAAGCGCCGGGGCAGCGUGCCUAUCCUGCGGCAGUGGCUCACAGGCCAAGGGCGACCUGUGUAUAGUGGUCAGGCCUGGGUGUUGGCUGCUGUUGCUUGCACAGUGCUGCGAUGCCUGGGAAUCCCUGCCCGCGUUGUUACAACUUUCAACUCAGCCCAGGGCACCGGCGGGGGCCUGCUUGUAGACGAGUACUACAAUGAGGAGGGGUUUCAGAACCGAGAAGGCCAGAGAGGCAGAAUCUGGAUCUUCCAGACUUCCACAGAGUGCUGGAUGACCCGGCCUGCUUUGGACCGGGGUUAUGGUGGAUGGCAGAUUCUGUAUCCAAGAGCUCCUAAUGGAGGCAGAGUCCUGGAGGCCUGUGAUCUGGUCCCAGUCAGAGCGGUCAAGGAGGGGAAACUGGAGCUGACCCCUGCAGUAUCAGACCUUUUUGCCAUGGUAAAUGCCUCGUGUGUGGUCUGGAAGUGCCGUGAGGAAGGCACACCGGAGCUGACCAACUUCAACACUAAGUAUGUUGGGAACAACAUCAGCACCAAGGGUGUGGGCGUUGACCGCUGUGAGGACAUCACUCAGAACUACAAGUAUCCUGAAGGGUCUCUUCAAGAAAAAGAGGUGCUGGAGAGAGUCCACAAAGAGAGAAUGAAACGUGAGAAAGACAAUGGCAUCCGUCCUCCCAGUCUCGAGUCUGCCGAGCCUUUGUACCUGUUCUUGGAAGCGCCCAGCUCCCUACCCCUGGGAGGGGAUGCCCAGUUCUCUGUUACCCUGCAUAACCUCAGUGACCAGGAGAAGAAUGUGCAGCUGUCCCUUGGGGUGCAGGCGGUGUACUACAACGGCAUCCUUGUUGCCGAGCUCUGGAGGGAGAAGCAGCUCCUUACGCUCACUGCCAACCUGGUUCAGAAAAUCACCAACAGCCUGUCCUUUUCCUGCUUUGAGCGAAGCCCACCGGAGAACAGCUUUCUCAGACUCACUGCCAUGGCAACAUACUCUGAGUCCAGCCUUAGCUGCUUUGCUCAGGAAGACAUUGCCAUUUGGAGACCACGCCUUGCCAUCGAGAUGCCAAAGAUAGCAGAGCAAUACCAACCUCUUACGGCCUUGGUCAGUAUCCAUAACUCCCUACAUGAUCCCAUGAAGGACUGUGUGAUCUCCAUCUUUGGAAGGGGGCUCAUUCACAGAGAGAGGAGCUACAGAUUACAUUCAGUGUGGCCUAGAAAAACCUUGCGCACCCAAUUCCAGUUCACGCCGACGCAGGUGGGACUCCAGAUGCUCACUGUGGAAAUGGACUGCAAUAUGUUCCAGAACCUGACCAACUACAGAAGUGUCACUGUCGUAGCCCCUGAACUUCCAGCUUAUACUUCCAGCUCUAGUGUCACUCUCCCCAACCACCCCUUUGAAUCUACAAUCUAAAACCAAACACGCUGGGAAGGGAAACUUUGCUUAUCAGACAAACGAAUCUCCACUGAGGUUGAGCAGAAGACUGACCAAGAACAAAACUAGAUCUCCAUAAAUCAAU